AUCGCCAUCCCGCGUUUGUUUACCACGCACGUGUUGUGCGUUUUUAUAAAUAUAUUUUUUUUUUCGGUUUAACAUAAGUUUAAGAGAAUGGACAGCGACGGCGAUGACUACGAGCUGACCGGCUCCGAGCAGGAAUACGAUGAGGAGGAGCGCGAGAUUCUAGAGGAUCUGCGCAAGCAGCGGAAGCGCCGCCAAGAGCAGGAUCCCCGCCAGGAGGUGCUGGCCUUCAGUGAUGAUGAUGAUGACGACGAGGAAAACGAGGAUGUGACGGCACUGAUGCGUGACAGCGACAUCGAGGGCGCCGAGGAUGAGGACGGGGAUCUGCCUAAUACCAUGGACUGGGGCAGCAAGCGCAGCACCUACUACAACACGGACUUUGUGGACCAGGACUACAGCAGCUACAAUGCCCAGGAGGAGGAACAGGCCCGGGCCGAGGAGGAGGAGGCCAAGAAGAUACAACUGCGUCUGGCCAAGCGUCUCAGCGAGGCUGAUUUCCAACUGGACGAUGUCCAGGGUAUUGGCAGCGACUCGGACGACUCUGACGAGGAGCAGAAAUCCAGAAAGCAAGAGUCUAAGACUGGCAUCCGGGUGACCAGCGAUCUGACUGGUCUCUCUGCCCGCGAACGCCUCCAGUUGCUGCAGAAGGACUCACCCGAAUUCCUAGGUCUCACCCAGGACUUUCAGCUACAUUUGACCGAAGUCCGGGAGCUGAUCACACCCGUUCUCAACUAUGUGCGUAACCAUGGCGUGCCCCUGGUGCCGGCUAUACAGUUUGCCAGCACUUACCAUACGGUUUUGACCACCUACUGCUCCAAUGUGGCUUUUUAUCUGCUGUUGAAGGCCCGCCGGAUCAGCGUCAAGCAGCAUCCGGUGGUCAAGCGUUUGGUUCAAUUGAAGCAGCUGCGAGAGCAGCUCACACCACGCUACGAGGAGUACAUAAAGCCGCAGUUGGAGGCUUUGCUGGAGAGGAUUCAGGACGGUGAUGCCUUUACGGUUUUGGAUGUGGCCCAGCGCAAGGCCAAGCUGCAGAUUUUGAACAAGUAUAGUAAUGGCGAGGCGGUGGCGGAGCUUAGUGAGGAGGAGGAGCAGGAGCAGGAGGAGGAGGAAGAGCAGGAGGAUCAGGAGGAGGAGGAGGAUGAUACCACCGAGACCAAUCGACGCGGCAUCACCUACCAAAUGGCCAAGAACAAGGGUCUAACCCCUCACCGCAAAAAGGAGCUGCGUAAUCCCCGCGUUAAGCAUCGUGGCAAAUACCGCAAAGCUCUCAUCCGGCGCAAGGGCGCCGUCCGUUCGGUUCGCAAGGAGACCAAGCGCUAUGGUGGCGAAAUGUCCGGCAUCAAGGCCAGCGUCAGCAAGAGUGUCAAGUUUCGCACGUAACAAAAUUGAUAAAUAUAAAAUAUAAAUUAAAAAAGUGUAAAAUAUUCAA